CUAUAAAAGGCAAGGUGUUCUCCGCGCCGAUUUAUCGGCAACCACGCUCCGAACUGCUCUCAUUUCUCUCUCUUCUCAGCUGUGACCCCCCUCUCAUCACAACAACAAAAAAAAAAAAAAAAAAAAAAAAAAAAUCCAUCUCUCUCUCUCUGUCUCUCUGAUUCUGUAAAUACAAAAUCCCCUAAUUUUCACAAACCCUAGGGUUUCCCUAUUUUCGUAUAUGAGAUAUCAAUCGAAACGAUGCCGUUUUGAGCGCAGAACACAGUGAAAGAUAGAGAGAGAGAGAGGGGUUGAUCGGAGAGAAAGGAAGGGUGGGGGGAAAGAUGUAUAGGGAGAGAGGGGUCGGAGGUUCGAGGUCGGAGGUCGGAGUCGGAGUCGGAGUUGGGCCCCAGCUCGAUCGGAAGCAACGGAUCAACGAGGCACUCGAUAAGCAGCUCGAGCGAUCCUCGCCGUCCACCUCCAGACCUUCGUUGAUCAACGGCAAGGAUAAGUCCGUGUUCAUGCCUAAACCUCCACCCGAUCGCAGAGACUCUCUCCCCAACAACAACAACAACAAUUGCUCUGAUGAGGAAUCUGAAACAGACAGUGAAGAAUCAGACGUUAGUGGCUCUGAUGGAGAUGACACAUCUUGGAUCUCAUGGUUUUGCAAUCUGCGAGGAAAUGAAUUCUUUUGUGAGGUGGAUGAUGAUUAUAUUCAAGAUGAUUUUAACCUUUGUGGGUUAAGUAGUCAAGUUCCAUAUUAUGAUUAUGCACUUGAUUUGAUUUUGGAUGUUGAAUCUUCUCAUGGUGAUAUGUUUACAGAGGAACAGAAUGAGCUAGUUGAAUCAGCAGCGGAGAUGCUUUAUGGUUUGAUUCAUGCCCGAUAUAUAUUGACAAGCAAAGGAAUGGCUGCCAUGUUGGAAAAGUACAAGAACUAUGAUUUUGGGAGAUGCCCAAGAGUUUACUGCUGUGGGCAACCCUGCCUCCCAGUUGGUCAAUCAGACAUUCCUCGGUCAAGCACGGUAAAAAUAUACUGCCCCAGAUGUGAAGAUAUCUACUACCCUCGAUCCAAGUAUCAAGGUAACAUUGAUGGGGCCUAUUUCGGAACCACAUUCCCCCACCUCUUCUUGAUGACAUACGGGCACCUCAAGCCACAGAAGGCGGCACAGAGCUAUGUUCAACGAGUGUUUGGAUUCAAGAUUCACAAGCCAUGAUGCUGGAAUUCAAAACUCUCAUUGGGCUGAGAGUUCAUGCAAGUCUACUGCUUAGCUUUUGUGUGGAAGCUUUUAAGAAUUCAGUGGAAUUUGCAAAGUUUCCUUAAAAUAUGACAUUUACCUUCCCCUACUUUAUGUGUUCUGGAAAAAUACUGUAAAGCCAUGUGCAACCAUUACAAGCAAGAAUUUAGUUUCAAUUUUAGAUGUUUAUCAGUAAUCUUCUCUAGAACUAUUUCAUUUUUGGUAGUGUAGGUAAUGAAAUGGCCUUGUAGUGGAUUGUUCCGGUGUUGCUUUUCUAUUCUGGCAUUAGCUUGGCAGUGUGUGAUUGUUGGCAGUUAUAAGUUAAAAUUCCAUCGUAUGCUCAGAUUCAUCAUUUUGUACUUUUUCAUUAAUUUUCUUACAGUUGAAGUUGAUAAUUUAAAAUUUAAUGCUGAA